AUGGCCUGGUUCAAAAAGCUUGCUCUCCUCUUGAUCACAGUCUCGCCGUGCGUCACAGCCUAUCCUUUCAACAAGACCGGGAGACGCUUGGCUCUGAACCUGGAUGCACUUGAGCCUGAGGCAAAGUAUAUCGUGACCCUUCAAAAGGACCUCACUCCCACCCAGUUCAAAAAUCACAUCGCCAAAGUCAAUGGCACCUAUUACCGCAGCUCGCAAGACAAUAAGCAGAGUAGUCCCUCCGGUCUUGAACGGACAUAUGCCAUUGGUGGCUACCGGGCAUACUCUGGAACUUUUGAUAAAGAUACUAUAGCCUCACUUUGGAGCGAUGCAGUGGUGGCAGAAAUCGAGCUGGAUGACUACUUUACUGUACAAAAGCUUGUGACGCAGCGCCAUGCCCCCUGGGGUCUUGCGGCAUUGUCCAGCAAGAAGCCCGGUUCCGAGUCGUAUCGCUACGACAAGAGUGCGGGCAACGGCACUUUUGCCUAUGUUAUUGACACUGGAAUCAACACCAAACACGUUGAGUUUGGGGGCCGGGCUUCGGUUGGGUACAGUGUCAUCGCCGAUGACUUUUCGGACAAUAGUGGACAUGGAACUCAUGUUUCAGGCAUCAUCGGGGGCAAGACGUUUGGCGUGGCCAAGCAGACGGAGAUCAUCGGCGUCAAAGUGUUUCUCAACAACGGUGGCGAGAACUCGGAUGUGAUUGAUGGUUUGCAGUGGGCAGUCCGAGACAUUCUUGCCAAAGGCCGCCAGAGCCGUUCUGUCAUCAACAUGUCUCUUGGAGGCCCCUAUUCUUACGCGUUGAAUCAUGCUGUUGAUGCUGCUUUUGAAAUGGGAAUUCUCGUCGUCGUUGCAGCUGGAAACGAUGCAGAGCCAGCCCGAUACUCAUCUCCUGCAUCAUCAUCACAAGCCCUGACUGUGGGCGCCAUCGACAUCCAAUGGAGACGGUGCGGCUUUUCUAAUUUCGGCCCCGAGGUCAACAUCGAGGCUCCUGGUGAGGACAUAGAGUCCGCUUUUAUCGCGACGGAUAACGCGACUGCUAUUCUGGACGGCACUUCAAUGGCGACUCCCCACAUUACCGGGCUUGCUUUGUAUUUGGCCGCCUUGGAAAAGACAAAAACGGCAAAGGAGUUGAGAGACAAAGUCCUGGAGGUGGCAAUCAAGGACAAGGCGAAGGAUCUCACGCUUGAAACACCCAAUUUGAUCGCUCACAACGGUGCUCGCUAA